CCCUCACUAAAAAAUCAAUCUCACUCCCAUUCUCAAUUUAGAACCAAACAUCUUGCGCGUCCAAUGCAAGUUAAACCCCUGUAGCACUUCCGUUCGAUCCUUUUAGCGCCUAAAUUUUUGUCUCCAAUUUCAACCCUUUCUUCAUUUCCAAUUAUCCAUUCAACCUUUCAUUUCGAACAUCAACUUAGAAGAUGGAAUUGGACGUGGACAUUGAAGAAUUGAUCGAUGAUCUAUUAGUUGAAAUCGCCUUCUCUGGUGUUCAAGGAUGCUCGGUCUCUACUCUCUUGAAAAAGAUAGAAGCUUUCUUUAAUGAUGUAAAAUUUGAGACUGGAGAAUCUUCCAGGGCGCACCGUGGUGAAGGCGAUGAGCCGGGUGGCGCCAACAGGAGCACUGCUAUUUCCAAUCAUGAAUCUCACAUUCAACAAAACACUCGCCGUUACGACCUUUCAAUUGGUUCGGAGGUUUGGAACUGGCUGGUGGCAAGGUCGGAUGUCUCCGUAGGUUCCAACAGGAAAUUCAACCAUCUCUCGUUAGAUGAAAUCCUAGCUUUUCCAGAAGAGGAAGAACCUGAACCUUCGGCGGAAGACGUCAAAUCAACCACCAAUCAAACUGCCACUCCUGUAAAGGACAAGGGCAAGGGCCGUCCUUCAAAGCGCUCGCGAGACUUAGAAGAAGUUACACAGAAAUCUAGACCUCGUCUUCACGUUUCCGAGGAGCGUCAAUGGAAAACACUUGCUGGCCAUGGUCCGGAUAGCAAGAGGAUACCAUUAUUUGAAUGGAAGGCGCUUGUUGACAUUGCAUCUACAAGGGAAAAUGGCAUCCUUCAAGGAGAUCUAGUUCGAUUGUCUGGCCAGGACAAGCGCUCUCUCCCUACCCGGACCGACUCCCUCGCAAAAAAAGGGUAUAUCAUUAAGCAACCUAUCAUUCUUCGAGGAUGUCGCUCUAGCAAAUUAUGGCUUGCUAAGUUUUCCGAGAGCGCGAAGAUGGGUCGUGAUGGCCUUAACUUUGACAAGGUCGAUCUAUCAAAGGAGGCCUUAACUAAAGACCUUGCUCCAGUCCCGUUCAGUGAUUGUUGGAAUGGCGAAAGGCUUGAUUACAUAGCUAUUGCACAAGCUUUCAAUGCCGUCCUCAAGGCAUGGGGGAUCAUGCGGUACUGUGAUAUGCGAACUAAACUGGACACCAGGGACAUAGCUCAGAUGAGAGCGUUAGCAAAGACGUCGCGAUGGUUCACAGGCAUUGGAGCGGCGACAUUCGUGGCUGCUCGCUUCGCUAACGGCCAGAGACUUUUCAAGGACUGUGUCAAGUUUAUAAGGGAACCGACAGCAGAAGAAUGGAGAGUCUUUCGGACUACACCAAGUGCUCAUAUUAACGUCCCCUCAGCACGUCUAGGAAAGCGAGGUCAAGCAUCUCGAGCCAGAUAUAAUAAGGGCAAGGGGAUACAGCCCAGCCCUCAUUCACAAGCGAAAACAAAGAAAGUCCCAAAGAAUGAACACCCAGCAGAUCUCAUGAGUCACGACGAGCCAGCAGUGUCGUUGUGGCAUCCGUACGAGCCUAUGGUUAAUACGGCAUUUAAAAUAAUCGAGAGAGCUGGUCCAAACGGAACCUCAAAUGCCAAGGUUGGUCUUAGUACAUUAGGACAUACUUAUCGCAAAUAUGUUGCUGCACUCACUGCGGUAUUAUCACAACCCAAUUCACAACCUGGCCAUUUACAACAUCUAGACGUCGUCUCACAGCUUACUCGCCUGGGGAAGACGAUGACCUACCAAUUUUUCUCUGCUAACAACAGAGUCGGCCAUCCUUCUACGGAACUUGGGAAAGAGGACGGAGCUCAAGGACAAGAAAUUGAGGCGGCCGAACAAGCUCUUGAUGGAGAUACCUCGCAACAGAAUCCAAUUGUUCAAAUAAGCAACUACGAAUUUUCGCAACCUCUACUAUCGAAGAUUGCGAAGACACCCACGUCCUCGUUCUACCAUAUUAAUAGUACGGUGCGAAAAUCAACCCCUAGGUGGGGAGGGAAGCGAAAAAGGCUUAUGAUUGAAGAGCCUACUAGAGAAGCGAGCACAGGUAUCCAAGAGCCUCCUACUAAGAUGCCUCGGAUAGAGGAAUCUUCUCCAGUCAGAGAGGGGGAAGAGGAAGGAGAAAGGCCUGCGAGUGGCCAAGAAACAGAUUCGCAUGCAAAUGAGCCCGAAGCUGUUCCCAUGACAAGCUUGCGACAGCAAUCCCAUAGUUCAGAAUUGUUAUCUCCCUCUGUCCCUCCUCCAUCGCCACCUCGCCCUUCUCGACCACCUGGUGUCUAUCGCGAGCCGGACAACAUGUUAGAUCCUCCUGGAAAGAAGGGGAGGCGAAAGAAGUCACUUGUUCUCACAUUCAGGCACGAUGCACUCAAAACCUCGUCUUUUCUACAACCUCAUGCAGGCAACGAGAAUGAUUCUGCAUCCCAGACAGGACUUACACAUCUUGCAGAUUCGGGUCAAAGUGCGUCCCAGUCUACAGCUCAGGCCGAUUCUACCGUCUCAUCGGGAGCAGUGCCUACACAGCCCAAACGGAAGGCAAGACGUGGUGGUAAAUUAGAAUAUCGAUGCGAUAAGUGCGGCAACAGUUGGAAGAAUUCGAACGGUUUGGAAUAUCACCUUAACAAAUCGCGAUCUGCUUGCAAUCCUACUUUCGUUCCCCCACCUAUACCGCCCCCCAAGCCCCCUCGGCAACUUCCAACACCUAAGCCUAUACUUCAACCCGAGUCAUCAGAGAUAUCCAAUAAUCGGAACCAGCGCCGGACUCGAACUUCGCUACGACGACAAAGCUUGGAUCGCAAUGCAUCUUAUCAUACCCCCGACACUGGGGACCGUCGUAUCCUCCCUUCCAAACGUACUCGUCCCAAUGAGACCUUCAUUUCUAACCAAUUUACUGAGGAUCCUUCCGGUACCAAUUCUAUUAGAGGUACUAUUGCCUUACAAAACUUGGAGGCCUACGAUAUUAUAGAUCAUCGAAGACGCCGAGGAAAUGGCGGCCAGGUUAGUGCUUUUGUUAUGACUUCUCAACCACGUCAGGCAAGUCGAGUGUCGCCGCAGGCGAAAGACAAGAGAAUUUCUGGAGCCGAUGAACAAGUUAUCAUACCUAGUUCAACUAUAGGAGAGCAAGAAAAUGCUACUCGUGAGACAAGAACCGAUACGGGAACCUCUUCACUAAAGCCUACAGUGCCUGGAAGCCUAGAAAAGGAUACCCGAUCUCCGACCACCAACUCCAUCACUCCAAGUGCCACAGGAGACGCCCAAGGUGUUACAACGACUAUCGAACAAUCCAGCAAAGAUGUACAAUCGAACCAGACGUCUGCCCCAAAGAAAACUCCCAAGCGGUCUAAUCCUACUGUCGGCACUCUACGCAGGGAGCGCACCAACCAUAUUAUCCAGUAUUUACUUGAUAACAAUGAUGGAGUAUUCCCGGGUCAGCGCUCUGUAUACCAGGCUAUGGUGUCUAUUUGGGCAAAAAGACAUCAUGACAUAGAGCCUCCUGACUGGAAGGUCUGCCAAAACGUGGUAAACCGAAUGGAGAAAGCCGGUACGCUGCUACAAAUGCACUUCUGCUUCCUUAAUGAAAGGGGAAAGCUCGAGGAAUGUGUUGUACUUGGGAAGACUAUUCCAGGGAAGAUCGAUGCGGUAAAAUUAGCCUCUGAGCCCAAAGUAGUUAUUAUGAAAGAAAAAAUGCGAGAGAUGUUCCCGGAGCCGUAUAUCCCGGAAUCAUUUUCGUUGUCGCAGGAGGAGGGCGAAUUGUUUGACGCAAUUGCGUCACGACAUAAAGAUACCUCUCAACCAAGCGAUGCUCAUAAUCGGCCACGAAAGUCAAGCAUCACUGAGGAUGUCGAAGUCCUACAGUACCCGGCACAAGUCAUGAUUAACGUCGCCACAAACGCAAAUAGUUUGAAGAGACCAAUAGGUGAAGAUGGAAUAACGGACACCUCUCCUGCCAAGAGGAUCCGCCUCGAUGCCUCUACUACUUCCAGGCCUCCGAAUCGACGCGAGCGCCGUGAUCAUCGCGAGUAUUGGGAAGCUGGGAAGGUCGCAAAAUACAUAUGGAACCAGAACCAGAUCAAGAAAGGGGGCCAAAAAACUGCUUACCUUCAAGAUUUUACGACCGGAACAUGGUCAGUCUUGCCCCAAGGGGCUACUUCAUCACAGUUCGACGUCAAUAGGGUCUUGUGCUCAUCUCAUAUUUCCCGUGGAAAUGGCCCCGCUGCAGAGUGGCGAGGCAACAAGUCGAAGGCUCCUGGUAAGGCUUCGAGAGCGAAACGUAUAAAGUCGUCACACUCAACUAUUCGGAACCUUAAGUCUUUAGGAGGUGGCGAUGAAUCGAUCAUUGAUGGCGCAUCAGAAUAUUCUGGAUCAAUGGAAUUAAAUCGAUUCGUUAAGCCGUCAAUUUCUACGUCGUUUGUGCCUGACGACUCAGUAUCGGAAGAUGAGGAUGAAGAUACGAUUAUGCUUGAUGCACAACAUGACGACGUUGCAGAUGAUGACUUGGAUGCUAUCUCGAACGAAACCAGUACAAAGUUUGCGAAACACAAAGCGAUCCAGAGCAAGGGACCAGGUUAUUGGCCUCUGUUGUCAUCCAGCUUUUUCGAGGAGAACUCAAGUUUCGCGUUGUUUGGGAAUAUGCCAAGCACCAAGUGGUUCAUACGGGAAAAUUUGCCACAAUGUGCCGGUGAUAUUAUCAAAACUUUCCGAGGAAAAUUCCAGUUCAACUCCUGGGCAGAUCCGUUGUAUGGAAAAUUUCUACGGGAGGUGAGCAUCAUCGAGGAAUGGGAGAAAUCACCUGAUGGAUCUCGGAUUCUCUUGCACGGAUCGAUCACACCUGACUUUGAUUGCAUAUUCGUGUCGCUUUCUCCUGAUAUUUCAAGAGCGAACAUGAAACCUGUUGCUCGUGCUCUCGAAUGGCAGCGCACGACCCAGUAUACCGCGGAGAAUAUCCCAGACGAUAUCAAGAACUCUUCACCCGAUGACGAAAACGCCGGCGUGGCAAUGCCUAUCCGUCGUAAUAGGGGCAGGCCAAGAAAGGAUUCGAAUGAGUCCCCGUCUAAAGAGAAAUCCAAACAGAGAGCACCCAAACCCCCAAGAAAGGUCGAAGCAGAGAUCAUACCCCGGGUGGAAAUACAAUACAAGACAAGGCAGUUCAGACCGAUUCCCGUCCUGCAUCGAGGACGCGUGAACAGACCGGCACCCAACGAAGAUAAGCUUGGUCUUAACGGCGAGACCGACUUAAUAGCCGCGUUUGUGGUCUUCAAAACUCUUCUGGGGGGCGUGGAGAAGAAGGUAGAUAUUGGGUUAAUCCUGAAGACAUUCCCUCAGUACUCUCACUCCUUCUUGAGAAAAUUCUGGCCUAGGGUUAGCAAGGAGCGCAAGACGUAUAUCGAUGCCCUGACAAAGAAGUUUCAAUCCUCGUUUAUAGAGGCGUACGAAAAGGGAGAAGUUAAGCCUCUCAAUUAUGACGACCUUGAUUCGUACGAUUGGAGAUCACUAGUCAUUUGGGCAACUAAACUCGAGACGCACGAGAAUGUGAAUCUUCCAGAUUCCCGCCGUGCUUUGGAAGAAACACAUUGGCUAGAGGACCAGGUUAAUGAGAUUCGAGAUUGGAGAGAGACAUGGUUUCAGAGCUUAGCUUCCAUUUAUUCUCGAGUCGAAGCAACCGCCAGCAAGCCUGUUUCCAUUCCUAUCAGUCGUGGAGUCACGGCGGAAGAAGAACUCAUACGUCGUGCGCGAUCGUGGGUCCGUUCAUUAUGUGUCACCCCGAUCACACGCUCCAAGAUGCCAGAAGAAAUACGCACGAAACUCCUGCGACUGAUUGGUAGAGAUGAGGACGAAGCGAACAAGCUGCUCAAGAAGGUCGUAGAUCGACUUACGUCGGAACGAAUAGCGGCGAGAAGCAAGGGCAAGAUAUUUGGUCAGGCUUUAAGAUUGCACGGAGUCUUCGCGAAGCAACUUGAGAAAGCCCCUACAGUCGAGAAAUUCUAUCAGGCUGUCAACUUUAAAGCAUCGCUUGACCAGGUUUUCCGCAAUGACGAGGCGUAUGUUGUACCAUAUCUUGCCAAUGACGGUACAAUUAUGGCAAUCAUCAAUCUUCAAGCCCACGGCCGUAUCCGUAUAGAAUCUAUUGGUGCUCCCAACAUUCCCUUUGGGUUCGAGCCCGGCAAUUACGAUGGUAGAACAUUCCCGAAGAGCUACUAUCACUUCAGCGUAAAAUUAUUGCGUACGGACACCUACAUGUUUGAUGAUGAUCUCCCUGUCCUUCAGCACGCAAUGCGCAUGGAGCCACCUAAGGAAGGGCCUCGAGAUCAGAUACCGAUCUGGGUUGACUUCUUCGGAAACCUCAACAAAGGCCGAUGGAUUACGUAUCUCGGCAUGAUGGUUUUGGGAAUGGCGACCAAAGGACCUCUAACGCCAGAGACCGCAAGCGUGCUUAUGAAGCCGUUUGUGGAACCGUUCGAAGCGAAGCUGAUUAUGGACUGGACCGAUAGGCUAGGUAUCCUACAGCGCCUCGACUCGGAUAAAAGUGCGACAGCGGGCGAGUGGUGGUGGUUAGUCGUGGGGAAGCUGGCACAAAGAUAUCGUGAGGAAGUUCAUUUUCCGGCGUUCAGGGCUUGAGAAAUCGU